AGUGACGUCACGGCGCCCAGAGCGAGGCUGGGGUAGGAAGGCCGACUGAGCAGGAGUCGUCCGCUUGUAGUGGAGGCUGCUAGGAGCCGGCCAGAGGGUGAGCGGGUGAGCGGGCGAGCGGGCGAGCAGGCGAGCGAGCUAGAGCAGGCAGGAGGGAGCGUCGCGCGGCGCAGAGGCGCGCCGGGGCCGGGCCGCGGCGGAACCACAGCCAGAGAGAGGCAGCCCGAGCCGGGCGCCGCGGGGUCCCCACCCCCACUCGGCCGGACAGUGCCCGGUGUUCCCCCGUGCGGGGGGCGGCGGCGGCGGCUGACGGGACCCAACAGGACCGCGGGGGUGUUGCCACCUCCACCGAGGAGCCGGCGCGGCCGCGGGCUCCUCAGAGCCGGGGCCCGGGGCCCGUGACAGACGGGCCGAGGAAGGGAGAGAGGCGGCGGCGGCGGCGACACCAUGUCAUCCCCCAGUCCGGGCAAGAGGCGGAUGGACACGGACGUGGUCAAGCUCAUUGAGAGUAAGCAUGAGGUUACGAUCCUGGGAGGACUCAAUGAAUUUGUAGUGAAGUUCUAUGGACCACAAGGAACACCGUAUGAAGGCGGAGUAUGGAAAGUUAGAGUGGAUCUUCCUGAUAAAUACCCUUUCAAAUCUCCAUCUAUAGGAUUCAUGAAUAAAAUUUUCCAUCCCAACAUUGAUGAAGCGUCAGGAACUGUGUGUCUAGAUGUAAUUAAUCAAACUUGGACAGCUCUCUAUGAUCUUACCAAUAUAUUUGAAUCCUUCCUGCCCCAGUUGUUGGCCUAUCCUAACCCCAUAGAUCCUCUCAAUGGUGAUGCUGCAGCCAUGUACCUCCACCGACCAGAAGAAUACAAGCAGAAAAUUAAAGAGUACAUCCAGAAAUACGCAACGGAGGAGGCACUGAAAGAGCAGGAAGAGGGCACCGGUGACAGCUCGUCGGAGAGUUCUAUGUCUGACUUUUCGGAAGAUGAGGCCCAGGAUAUGGAGUUGUAGUAGAAAAAGCACCUGCUUUUCAGAAAGACUAUUAUUUCCUAACCAUGAGAAGCAGACUAUAAUAUUCAUAUUUAAACAAAGCAAUUUUUUUUAUUACUAAACAAGGUUUUUAUGAAUAAUAGCAUUGAUAUAUAUAUAUUAUAUAUCACCCUUUAGAUCUUGAUUUCUUGGUCAUUUCUCAACCUGAGGUGCAUAGCAUAUUCCCACAUUCCACUUUGGUAGCAAUAUGCGGUCCGAAUGCAUGCAUUCAUAAGUCCACUUGGCCAAGUCAGCCUGUGUGCUGCUGAACUGUCAAAAGAAAUAGCCGCUCUGAUAGGUAGACAGGAGUAAAAUAACAGGAAAAAGUUGCUUCUUUUAUCGAUGGUUCCAAAGAAACAAACCAAACCAACCAGCUCUUGGAUGUGAAGAUAGAAUAGUGCUUUUUCAAAAUGGAAAGGGAAAAAUUGGGGAGGAAGAGGCCUGCCGUGUAAGAAUCAGAGCUGCUCCUUCCUGAAUCCUAGGUGGCCCCAUUUCUGUGGAGUAGCAGUAUGAAACAGGGAGCUCAUUGGAGUAUUAAAACUUACAACAAUCUUUUUUGACUCAGAUCUUAAAUACAUUUUUAUGUCGACUCCUGCCCUUCACGCUACCAGGCCCUGCAGCCACAAGUGUUCUGCUUUGGGAAGUGUUUCCUGAAUCCAAUUCUGUUUCCUGGGGUAGAGCUUGUAAUCCAGACCUUUCUUGUGAGGACAGGACAGGAGGAGUGGUGACUGGGACGAUGCUUCCUCUCAUCCAGAACAUGUGCAAAGUCACAUCCUAAUCCUAGUGUUUGGCCAGUUUGAGACCGCUAACCUGGACUAAGAGCUUUAAAUGUGAGGGUUGUGGGGUUUGUUUGUUUUUUGUUUUUUUUGGUGGUGGUUUUUUUUGGGGGGGAGGGUGGUGUGCGUGUGUGAAUUGUGCUUAGGUUGCAGAUUUCAUCUCCACCUACCAAGAGAUGGCCUCCUCCUCAGACAAGCCGCUCAGUGGACCAUGAGACUUAGGAGGAAGACCCGUCUGGGGGCUGCGAAGCCCUGGGUACUUGCAUUCAUGUUUUGGUUUUGUUUUCCCUUUUCCUGCUGCUCUUGGCAGCAGCCUGGUCAUCAUCUGCUUGUGGGAGUGGGAAAUGGGUAUUUUAGGCCCAACACACAUUCUGAAUUUAAAAUGAAUAAUAAUUGGAACAAAUAAAGGUUCUUGUACCCAAAGUAACUCUACAUGAGAAAAACAAACACAGCUUUUUUCAGAAAGUGACUCAAUAGGAAGAAGGGAUUCAGAAAUAUGAUGUAGUAGAACAGGUCCUGAAGGAAGAAAAUAUUCUCUCCUGUGUAUGUUAAGAGGAAAUCGUUUAAAAGGCCUGCUAAUCAAAUGUUGACUCAGCUAACCAUAUGUCCAGGUUGCCACAGAGUUUGUUUCAAACCUGAGUGUUGCCUGCUGAAUUUGGAGGGCAGUUGGGAGAAGUUUUAGACAGCAGCUCUGUAUUCUUUUUUCGCUGCAACCAGUAGGAUAUAGUAGCAGAAUUAGCCAAUCCUAAAACCUUCUAAAGACAAUUUUUGAACAUCCCACUGGGAUAAUUUUUCUUUUUGAUGUGUGUUUUUAGUUUAGAAGUGCUGUAUUCCACAAGGUUUAAGUCAAUGAGGUUGGAAGAUACCGUAUCUUUUUUUAUUCAAAAAGCACAAUCAAUUUUUUUCUUUGAAAAUCUAUAUAAAGUACAACUUGCUUUUAGCAUGAUUAUUUUCCUAAAUAAAAAGACAAAGAAUUUACUUAUUUUAUGUUAGUUACGGGCAUGGAGCAAAAGGUUUUCUUUAAAAAAAAAAAAAAAAAAGUGCAGUUAUGUAGGGCUGUGGUUAGUUAACCGUACUGAGUUAUCUAUCUAGCAUCCGUGGCUUGUUGGAAGGGUAGUAUUAACUAUUUAACAUGUAAUGGUGUACUUUCACUCUUACCUAGCACGCUGUCUUCUCAUUGCUUUGGGGGAGGGAGGGUCUCUGCUGGCACUGUCUAACUUGCUUACCUGCUGACUUCGCAGUGUGCUUGUGCUAUAACCUUUAUUGUAGGUGCUAUUUAGGGUAGGCUUAAAGUGCUGGGUGGUGAUUUGAGUUCAAACAAUAAAAAAUUGUAUUUUUUCAAUAUCGUAUAAACAAUAGUGUUCUAAUUACCUUUCAAAGAAAAUAAUGUCCAGAUAGGAAUUGCUUUUGAUCUUGUCAAAAACCCGAGUAGACCCCAGUUUAGGGAAGGUAUGUGAGCAGUGCCACAGCUCUGCCCCUCACCUGGUCCCACGUUUCUCUAAUGACAAGACAUCUGCUCACCUGAUCAGAGCUCCAGCACCAGACAGCAGAGGUGCAGAAUUCCCAAAUGAAGACUUGCCACGGGACUUGUAGGGGUUGAGCAGAUCUGAGUGCGGCUGCGGAGGGAGAGUGUGCGUGUGUCCGCGUCCAUCCGGGUCUGUGUGGUGAGGGUGUGAUUAGGCUUCUCUCUCGGCAGUGGAAGCUCCUAUGACUGCUGCGCACGUCCCACUGCACCCUCUCGCUCUGUGCAAGUCUGUCAGGGCACUCACCUUGGUCCCACGCGUGCUUUGGCUUUGUGUGGGGCUUUUCCCCUCCACUGGGAAAUUGACUUUUGAUAGGUUGAACAGAAUCCCUUCUUAUGCUUUUAGUCCCUUCCCUGCACCUGGGAGAGGUGGGAGUAGGAGACCAAGCGUGAGGUACAGCAGGAUCUGAGAGAAGGCCUGGCAGUGAAUCCGAGGACUCUGGGCCCCCGGUAGUAGAUGGUAGAGCGAGUCUGGAGCGGGGGUGUUUUCAACACCAAAAGCCUUUCCAAGCUGACCAAGCUUGUCACUUGCUAACACUCAGGAAAACGUCCAGACCCCUGGGCAAAGGCGAACAUUCUUGGCUUUAGAGGUGGUGGUGGCGGCGGCAGUGGCAGUAGGUCAGAGCUGCUUCUGGCAGUUUCCUUUCCCUUUUUAGAACCUGUAGUUUUUGAACCCUACCUUGUGGUUUACCAGCACAGGCCAUUCUUUGCCCCUGUUUAAAUGACAGCUCAAGCUCUUGCCAAACACCAACGAGCAGGAUGGCUGCAACACAGCAGCACUGAACCCACUGCUCUCCGGGAACCCCGGCACCAGGGCCUUGUGGGUCAAGGUUCAGUUGUAACCAACCUAGACACUGGCAUUUUGGCUUUUUUGCCUUCACUCUCAUUGCCCUCCUUGAGGUUACUGUGCAGUUUCAACCAGCAUUUUAUACUCAUGAGAUAAUUAUCAGAAGUUGCCAUAUAAUCUCUCUAGUACCUAACAUUUUUUUGUCCACUCCAAAAGCUGUUCUGAUUGCCAACUGGCUGAUCUAAGCUCCUGAGGCGUGUCAGCUCCCUGAAGUCCUGGAUGGCCUUGGCCUGACCUUGCUGUAUUAGGCCUCCCAUUGGGGUGUCUGAGAAUCAUGGCAGGUCCUCUGCUGGCCUCUGUGGGCCGAGUUUCUAGACACUUGAGUUUCUGGAAACUAGUAUUCGAUUUUAAAUGGCAUGUGGCCCUUCUGUGUUUUAGUGACUCGGAAAAGUGAAAGCCGUUUACAAAAGUUAGCAAGAGUUUUAUUUCAUCAACUUCCUAACUGAGUUCACAGCCAUGCUGAAUGAAAUAAAAUAAUUUAUGAUUGGGCACAAAGAACCGCAUUUCUUUGGACUUCUGAAUCCAUGUUCGUACUUUCUGUGGCCACUGAACACCCUGGCAAUUCCAUUAGGGACUGGAGGGAGUGGACGUCCUUUGGGGAAGGGAGUUAAUAGCCCUCGAGUGGGCAGGUUCUCCACUCACCUGAGGAAGGGCCAGGGCUCUUAAUUUAGCAAAUACUUGUCUUGGCUGUGGGCUUGGGAAGAAAUGGCCAUUAUUUACUGAUUGUAUUUGGUACAUAUUGUGUGAUACUUGAAGAGAUUAAAAGGGACUUGCCAGCCCUUAACUGAAAUCUAAGCUUUUUAUCGCUUAUUUUUUCCUCGCCCUGUCUCCUCCCUUCCACCUUUUUCCUUGCAUUGUGAUGAUCUAGUGGGCACGUCUGUCAACAGGACAAAUGCCUCCUCUGACUAUAACCUCUUAAUAGUUGUGUAUAAUGAAAACUGUAAACUUUUUUAAAUAAAAUGUGUAUAUACCUUGGCAAA